UUAUAGCUGAAACAUUUGAGCAAUAUCAGUCUAUGAAGGUAGGUCAACUCAAAUAUAUAGAUAGCAUACAGUUCAUAAAUAGUAGCUUGGCCAGUCUUACAAAAAAUUUGGGUGAUAACCACCUAAUAACAAGUCAAUAUUUCAAAAAAUUAGGUUAUACAAAGAAGCAAUUAGCAUUAAUAUAUCGCAAAGGAGUUUAUUUCUAUAACUAUAUCAAUUCUCAUGAUAGGUUUCAGGAGACAGAACUUCCUUCCAUUUAUGAAUUUUAUAGUACUCUUAAAGGUAAGAUCUCACAAGAUGACUACAAACAUGCCAAAAAAGUAUGGAAGGAAUUCGGAUGUAAAAAUCUAGGUGAAUACCAUGAUCUCUAUCUUAAAACUGAUUUACUAUGUUUCUGCCCAUCAUUAUCCUGGGAUGGAAUGCUUAAGAUGUCAGGAGUUAGGAUUGAAUUUUUCACAGAUAUAGCUAUGCAUGAUUUUAUCAAAAAAGCUAAAUGUGAUG